UUAUCUGUGGUGUAGUGUACCAGUAACUUUCGCGUCACUGCCCUGAUCUCAAAGUUAUUCAAUGGUGAGUCAUACUGUGGGAACAACAUGUGAUUAAUGGUUUGCGUCGUAAGGUCCAAUCAUUUAGUGUUCACGUAAUGAGUUCCUGUUAAAUGAUGUUUGGUGUAUGCUUUGUGCGUCUGUGUGCACUAUGAGAUACACCCUCGAGCAAAAAGUGUUCAUGUACGACGCGUAUAUAAAACACAAAUCUUUCGUGGAAUGUUGUGUGGCCUUUAUACAAAAGUACCCUGGUGUCAAGCUUCCCAGAAGGUCAGUUGUUCGUAAAUUAGUGACGACAUUUCGUAGAACAGGCUCCUUGUUGGAUGAAAUACCAGGAGCCGUCAAGCGUCGGAACAAAGGUAUUAAACAGAUGAAAAAUAAGUUACAAAACACAGAGAAGACUUCGCGCCCCGUAGGUGGGCAGUAUAGGAGAACAAAUGGACCUACCACCAGAGCCAUAACCCGGAAUUCAAGGGUGUCCAGCAGUGACACAGAAACACAACAGGAUGCUCUCCCAUUCACAUUUGUUGGCAUCAAACAAGAAGUUGAGGACAAAAUGGACAUCAUAGAUUUGGAGACUGAUUCAGACAGCGACAUACCAGAACCCUCUGAAGAUAUGCAGUUCAGAUCUGUGAAGGAGGAGCCACUGGAAACAAGCAGCAGUGAGAUGUCAGACAGUGAUUCUAAGAAGGAACUUGAGGUUGACACGGACGUCUCGGACGGGGGCAGUGGUUUAGACAGUGAUACGCAGGAAAACUGUGACAAGACGCGACUUAUAUCAGUGAAGGAAGAGCCACCAGACACAAGCAGCAGUGAGUUGUCAGAACAGGAGCCAUUCACGUUCACUUGUGUUAACAUUAAGGAGGAAGUUCAGGAUUCUGUAGCCAUCAGUGGGGUGCAGAGUGACUCUGGUGCUUCAGAUCAGGCACUGACAGUGACGAGUGGUUGCCGGACGUUCCAGAAUGAAGCGUUACAUAAACCAGUAGUGUUCGCGUCUGUAGAUGUUAAAUGUGAAGUUGAGGGUGAAGUAGCAUGCAGUGAUGAAUAAACAAUUCAGCAUGGAGUAGCCUUUGGGAAGGAGCACAAAUGAAGGUAAAAUAAAAGAAAGAAACAUAAAUGACCCCCCCCCCCCCCGGCCACAAAAAGAGGAAUUAUAUGAUUCUUACAGAAAACUGUCACUUUCGUAAAUUUCGCUAUGAUUUAUUUUAUCUUUUUAAUGUGUCAUUGUUUGUUAAGAAGUGACGUUGAUCACAUCAAUACUGUGUUGUUGUUGUUUUUUUAAAUUUUGGUUUGUCUGUUAAUAUUUAUACACAUGGCAGUUUGUUAUAUAUAAUCUGAAGCUUUCACAGUGACCAAGUAUAAUGAAUCCUUCUCGGGCUACCAGCCAUAUCAGGUGGUUUAAUGACAAAAACACCAUCAUUUCAAGAAUCAUCUUUGUCCGUGACCUCAGGGUACAGAAGUUCUGAAGUUGGAGCACCUGACACGGCUGGUGGCUCAAGAAGAAUUCACUAUGGCAAUCUGUGAAACAACAACAUUUUUUCUUAUUUUUGAUCCUGGAAGUUUGUAAACAUACUUCUGACUCACUCUGUAUAAAGUGCAAGCAAUUUUUAGAGGUGUAAGGGCAUGAACUUUCUCUUCAAACUAGCAGCAUGUAUAGUGAAAGGAUGUAAGAACUGGGUUCUGUAAUUAAUUAUCUGUCAAAUAUUUAUAUAAGUCAUGUGAAUGUACAGGGAAUAUCUAUGUCCAAGAAUAGUCAGUUGCUUUGCAGUGUAGUAUCUGCAUCAUACCCGUAUAUAUAGAUUAUAUUAUGACCAUUAAAGGAUCUUCUUAUAAGAUCUUUAUACAGCAUAAAAAGAAAUCGGUACUCCUAAACUUUUCUCUCCUUGUUACAAUGAUGGUACGUGCGCUUGCUUGUUUACACUGUCCUCUACUUUUCUAGCUGUGCACUUUGAAGCAGGGAGUUGUAAUGAGAGGAAUCCUUACAGUAGUGAGCCAAGUGCAACACAUUGAUGAAAGAGAAGGUGAGAAAAGAAUAAUUUAAAAUAAAAUGUUUAUGUGAUGGAUAAGUUUGCCUCCUCCACGUAACACUAAUAGAUCAUUUACAGCUUUUUAUUAGUACAGUAUUGGAAAUGCAAGAUUUCCAUGUGAUCAGCACCUCCUACAAAUAUCACUUUAACCUGUGCUGCACUACAGACCUCGUGUUACUGCGACGUAAGGUAUUAAUAGGCUUCCGGUGCAACAGAGAACAUUACGUUCAGACCGCUACUAAUGUGUUGUCAAAGUACGAAACUUGUAAGUGAACCUAACAGUAGAAUGAAUCAUGUUAUCCUGUUUUUAGUGGUAAUGUUACACAGAGACGCAGACUCCAGUGGACUCUUUGGAAAUGGUACAAGACAAGUGAUGUUAGAGGGAAGCGCUGUUGAUUACAGUAAUGCAGGAAAUGGUACCAAAAUUGUAAUAUCUUGUGAGUUCAUGAAACAAGUUGUGUGACUUUGAACACAUUUUGUUUCUGCUGUGGUUUAUCCGAUGAUUGCAGCGUCACAUCUAUUGUAUUGCAUCUCUACAACUGAUUAUGGACGUAAAUUCCAAUUUAUACUGUGAUAUAUCACUGUGUUUUAUUAACUUUUUUUUUUGUAUAUUUAUUAUACACAGUGAACUUCUUGUGUUACCAAUUUAUGUAAUGACACGGUUUUAAGAGAAUUGAUCAUGAAACCUUCAGUUUGGUCUUCUUGCCAUUUCUUCACACUGUAGGAUCCUCCAUUGCAUUCCUGUGAUUUAUAGAACUGCUGAAUUUGGACUUCAUUCAUCAUCUGUUGGGAGCUCUUUGAAAGUGCCUUAAAAAUCACACUGCUUAAAACAAUGGAUCUUCUUUCAUCAUCAGGUAAAGGGGGGAGACACCCUCUGUGUUUGAUCUGGUAGAGCAAGCUUUCCUGUGGUCAUUGGGAAGAGUUCAGUCUACUGGCUCCAGCAAAGUAGAUGUCUCCCUCUGCAUAUGAUGAAGAAAGAUUCAUCCUUAGAAACACUGUGAUUUUUAACAAGUUAUAAGAACUUCUCAUAAUAAGGAAAUUAAUAAUUUAUACCAUUCAAUUGUAAAGGAUUCUGAUGAUGGUGGAUUACACUUUUAAUUCUUUGCUGUCUGGACUGUUUCUAUCAUCUUUGUUUUAAAGAAGAACCCCAGUGUUUCGGAAAGUGGGUCUGUUUCCGUAUUCGGGCGAGAGGGAAGGUACCGACUCAGUUGGGUCCGUCAGAAAUAGCCUGACUCUAUUUCCAGUGAUAGAGACUAUCACAUAGCAAAUAAUUUUAAGUUUUUUCCACCAGUGGAUAAAUUUUUUAUAUUGCUUGAUGAUUCCAUACUUAUUAAAACUAUUUUUGGUGACUUAUAUUAAUGGUAUGGUUGCCUGCAUGUUGCAGUAGCAGAGUGCUGCAUCAGCUGUGGAUUUAAUGGCCCUAUAGUACUGAUCUUUGAAUCUAUCCCCAUGUUAUAAAUAUUAUUAGAUCAAUUUUUUCAAGGUACCACAUACCCUCAUUAAUUACUGGAGUUCUUUUAUAAGGCAUAUAAAGGCUGUUUCUAAGACAUAUAUAUACAGGAUUAUUGUACUUUUUGUAAAGUGAUGGUGAAUGAAACAGUUUUUUCAUGA